AAAUAAAAAAGUUACUUGUUGAUGAUGCUGUGAAGCCAGGGAAACCAAGAUGGCAGUUCCUGGAUUUACCCUUAGCGUCUUCAUACUUCUUUUGCACAUUAGUUCUGUGGCUAAUUAUCCCAAUGGAAAAGUAACAGAGUCAUGCCAUGGAAUGAUUCCUGAACAUGGUCAUAUUCCACAGUCUCAUCCUGUUCACAACAUUUCGGUAAAUCAGAUGACAUUCCGACCGGGAAGUCAGCUCAAAGUUACUUUGUCAGGGUCACAAUUUAAAGGCUUUCUCUUAGAAGCUCGUGAUGUCAAAGAUUUGAGUGGCCCUCCUAUUGGCUCCUUCACACUGAUUGACCGUGAGAUGUCCCAGCUUCUUACCUGUGAGGAUAAACAGGGGUCAGCUGUGAGUCACACAAGUUCAUCCAAAAAAAAAGUUAUAGAAGUCUACUGGAAUGCUCCAAGCAAUGCCCCAGAUCACAUACAAUUUCUAGCCACAGUUGUUGUGAAGUAUAAAAUCUAUUGGGUGAAGAUUCCCGGUCCUAUAAUUUCACAACAAGAUGCACUUCCCUUUACAACACCCAGAGCUACAAUACCACCUUUACCAACGUUACCUCCAGUCUUCCAUUUAAAAAAAUCAUUCAGUGCUUCAGAUUGCGGGAAGAAGAAGUUCUGUAUUCGAAGUCCGUUGAACUGUGACCCAGAGAAGGAGCCUGCCUGCUUCUUCCUGUCUUUCACACGAGAUGACCAGUCCUUGAUGGUUGAAAUGAGUGGUCCCAGCAGAGGCUAUUUAUCUUUCGCAUUUUCUCAUGACCGUUGGAUGGGUGAUGAUGAUGCUUAUAUGUGCAUCCGUGAAGACCAGGCUGUGCACACACAGCCUUCUCAUUUGACUGGGCGAAGUCAUCCUGUGAUGAACUCCGGGGAUGCUCUUGAGGAUAUGGCUUGGAGGUUGGCGGAUGGUGUUAUGCAGUGUUCUUUCAGAAGAAACAUUAGCCUUCCUGGUUUUAAGAAUAGAUUUGAUCUAAACACAAGCUAUUACAUUUUUCUAGCAGAUGGUGUAGCUGAUGAUGGUCGAAUUUAUAAGCACUCUCAGCAACCCUUGAUUACAUAUAAAAAACACAAUGUGUCAGACUAUCCAAAGAACAUAGGAGGAUCGCGUUCUUCACUUCUACUGAAGGUUCACGGUGCCUUAAUGUUUGUGGCCUGGAUGACUACUGCUAGCAUAGGUGUACUGAUUGCCCGGUUCUUCAAACCUGUUUGGCCAAAGGCUUUCUUGUUUGGUGAGGCAGCUUGGUUUCAGAUGCAUCGGAUGCUCAUGCUCACUACAUCUGCCCUCACCUGCAUUGCUUUCUUUCUGCCUUUUAUCUACAGAGGAGGCUGGAGUUGGCAUGCAGGUUAUCACCCAUACCUUGGUUGCCUAGUGAUGACUUUGGCAGUUCUUCAGCCUCUUCUGGCAGCCUUCAGGCCAUCUUUACAUAGUCCAAGAAGGCAAAUAUUCAACUGGACUCAUUGGAGUAUGGGAACAGCUGCUAGAAUAAUAGCAGUGGCAACAAUGUUCCUGGGAAUGGAUUUACCAGGACUGAAUCUUCCUGAUCCGCAGAAAACAUUUGCAAUGAUUGGAUUUGUAGUUUGGCAUGUUGGGACUGAGAUUGUUCUGGAGAUACAUGCUUACCGACUCACUCGGAAAGUUGAAAUAUUGGAUGAUGCUAGAAUUCAGAUCCUCCAGUCAUUUGCUGCAAAUGAAGCAGAAAGCCAUGCAUUUAAAAAGGUGGUGUUUGCAAUUUAUGUCUGUGGAAAUGUGACUUUUCUCAUCAUACUCUUAUCUACAAUCAACCAGCUAUGAGCAGGGAAAGGCCUUGGCUUUUGCAGACCAGGUGAUAAUUAUCAUCAGGCCAAAGACACUUGAAGUUUGUACUGACUGCCUUGAGCAUAUUCUUGAAUUCUAACUUGGAAGACCAGGAACACAUUUAUGGAGGAAUUCUGAAGUCUGGUCUUUAGAGAACAACAUUCAGAAGGGUCAUACAGACUGCAAACUGAUGGCAAGCUUUUGGGUAAUUUUGGGUCUUAAAAGGAAGGUUGUUGCUUGAUGAGAAAUUACUCUCAAACAUUUUCUGCAUUGAGAGUUUUAAGAAUGUUGUUAUCUACAAAAAUAAACAAGAACCAUUUGGGAAAACAACAAAUAAAUAUGUCAGUAGGAUAAAAAGAAGAUUUUAUUAAUAAAUACAUUUUGGAAAAUGAAAGUGCUGUGAUACUUUAAACACUAAUUUUUACUAGUUUAUCUGAAGGUUUUCUCGUAGAUUUGUGUAAAGUGUUGCUUCUUUAGAUAAGGUGGUAGCAGGGAGGUAUCGUGCGUUUUAUUAACAUUUAAAUAUACUACAUUUAACUACAUUUAAAUUAGCAUUUAAUAUCACUUAAAUAUAAUAUAAAUAUUAUCAUUUAUUCCUUAGCAAUGAAGUACAAGUAUGCACUUUCUGCUUAGAGACCACAUGUAUUCAGCUACAGAGCUGAAAUGACAUUUUAUAUGCUAAUUGCUUUGACUGUAAGAUUUAAGUCCUAAAGCAUUUGGAGAUUGUUGACUUCCAUUGCAAAAUUAAUAAAACUUAAUCCUUGCAAACAUAUCUUAACAGUUGUUCUCUCCUUGCAGAAAUAGAAUAUGAUUGAUUCAGUUUAUCAGUUCUUGAUGCUCCAAUAAAAAGUUAUCAGUGUUAUUUUCCUUCCUAGUCCAAUAAUUUAUCUUCUGUUUAUGGCCAGGUCUUAUAUUUGCUUUGAGGCCUUCUAGUCAGGGGGUGGUGCUCUAACACCGAAGUACUGCUAUAAUCCUGUAUCCUUGUGCUGCAAUUCAUUUUUAGCACUUAGUUAACAUCAUGAGAUGGCAUUUCUCUUAGAUUUCACCAAAUCUUCUUCAUCUUCAUUUUAAAAUUUUUUGCUUUUUUUUUGGGGGGGAGGGGGUAGGGGUUGUGCAGCAGAAACACAAACUAGGGAUCAUAGUUGUUAUUUUCUGAUUUCAUUUCUGUUGCUCGUUUGUUUUCUAACCAUGAUUAUUUAUAAAAAUUGUUUGUUAUUUCCCUUUACAUUCCCUUGACCCUGUUAACAAAUCACUGUAACUUGUUAGGCAAAGGAAACAAGCAAAACUUAGACAUUCUUAAAAUAAAAAAGUUUAAGCAGUCAUA